AUGAAAGACAGUCAAGGCAUUUGGAGGGAAAAACGUGAAGAUAUUGAGGGGAUUAUCUCGGGCUAUUUUAAUCAUUUUUUCCAGACUACCAACCCAGACGAGCAAGAGAUAGAUAUGGUGUUAGAUCAGAUAGAGCCACGGGUGCCGAUUGAGGCCAAUCAGAUGUUGUCGCUUCCUUUCACUGCCGAUGAGUUUGGGUCGGUUAUUCCAUCUCGAGGGCUUCGCCAAGGAGACCCUGUCUUCCCAUAUUUGUUUAUAUGUUGUGCAGAAGUUCUAAUUUCGAUGAUAAACAAAGCGGUAGAAGAAGGAGAACUCCGUGGAAUUAAAAUUGCACCGACGGCGCCAACUAUCUCAAAUUUAUGCUUUGCGGACGACACACUUCUCUUUAGCUUGGGGCAUUGUCCGUCGGCAACAUGGCAGAGUCUCAUCAAGGCAAGACCAUAUCUUUUGAAAGGUCUUCGUCGGAGGAUUGGCAAUGGUAAGGAUACAUCGCCAUGGGCUGACCCUUGGCUCGUCGACGAGGGAAGUUUCAAGAUGUUUACAAGAAGACCCAUUGAGUCAGCAUGGCCGGACAGGGUUGCUGAUAUUAUUGAUAAAAGCAUAGGUGCAUGGGAUGUUCCAAUUAUUGAAGAAAUUUUUUGGCCGAUCGAUCGGGGCAGAAUUUUAUCGAUCCCAGUUGGAAGCCGAGAAGCAAGUGAUAGGUGGGUAUGGCAUUACUCAGGCUCUGGAAAAUUUACGGUUCGCUCGUGCUACCACAAUAUCAUAUCGGGACAAACGCUUACGAGCGGCAGCAAUCCUGAGUGCAAGGGUUCGAGUAGCGGCGAAGUUGAUAGGAACUGGAACGUGCUCUGGCAUCUCCCCAUUCCUCCAAAAAUUCGGGUGUUUUUGUGGCGAGCUUGCUUGGAGAUUCUACCCACGCAAGCCGAACUGACUAGACGAAGAAUCUCUCAAUCGGCGGUGUGUAACAUAUGCGGUUAUGAAAGUGAAACGUCCCUUCAUGUUUUUAUGGUCUGUAAUGGCAUGGAGAGGGUGUGGAAAAAUAGUCCGUUCGAGCUCAACGGGUCCAAGCACUUUGGUUCCACGUGGGAAUGGAUUAAAUAUCUUCAAAUGGUUCUCCCGAAGAAUACAUUCUUGCUUGCCUUAGUCGUCACUUGGGCAGCCUGGCAUCAACGAAAUAAGAUUGUUCAUGGCGAUAACGGAUUAACAGGCGAAGACCUUGUGAGCUGGUGUAGGAAUUUCAUUGUCGACUUCCAACGCGAAACACAACUGACUAUCAUACCUCGACGACCCUCACACAUAGCCGUUUGGAAUCCACCACCGGAGGAGGAGGUAAAGGUUAAUUUCGAUGCAUCAUUCCCUAUGGGUAAAUUAAGACUUCUACUCAGUCUUCAUGGUUGGUCGAAAUUGGAAGGGGAAUGCAUUUGGUGGUCAGUGACUGAAUAUCCGGGAAGACCGAGGUCGGUUGAUGGAGAAGCUCACGCGGCCCUACACGCUUUAACCAAGGCGCAGGGAAAGAGAUGGUCGAAAAUUAAGCUAGAAGGGGAUUGUCUACAAUCAAUUAUGGCACUCAAAGGAGGGGAACUUACGGAAUCAUCUUUUGGAGCAUACAUAGAAGAUUAUUGCAGUAUUGCUAAAACUUUUGUUUCAUGUCAGUUUAGUUUUGUUAAGCGGUCCGGAAAUAUUCUAGCUCACCAUCUAGCUUCCAUGUCUGUUUCUUCUUGUACUGAGGGAGAUGUCCUCCCAGCCUUUUUGGCACUAUUUAAUUAA